UGCAGCUCAAAUCGCGCGCGAACGAAGUGCUUUCCCACCCGCACUCCACUUGCGCGCCACGCCAUGGAUGAAAUCAAAUCAUCUCAUCAAAGUCCAAUCCCGCUAGCUCCAUCGCCUCCAGUUUAAUCAUCGAUUCAGAUCAAGCAGAAUCGAAUCGAUCUCUACUUGCUCUGCUGAUUCAGUCAAGGAUGAGCUCUGCUGCUGCUGCAAGGCGCGGCGGCGGCGGCCGGUGGCUGCACGCGGCGUGGCUGGCGCUCACCGGCGGCGCGGCGGAGCUGAUCACGGCGGAGGAGGUCGCCGGCGGCGGCGGCGGAGCUGUGAGGAGCGGCUCACGCUACGAGCUCGUGAGCACGGAGGAGCCCGACGGCGACGAGACGAGCUGGGAAUCGAAUCCUGGACCUGCCUCGGAAGCAGCGCUGUUCCUCGUGGCACGUGAAGAGGAUCCGAAGACGACGACGACGAGUUCGCCGGAAUCCAUCUUCGCCUGCGACGAGCUGCGGGUGAGCAGGCCUGAAUUCUGGCGCUGGCCCGCGAAGAAGGGCAGCGGCGGCGACGGCGAGCCGGCGGCCGCGGUGGAGUCCGAGCCGUUCCUGACGCGCCGCCGCGGGGCGAAGCGGGUGAACGAUGCGGAGAUGGAGGAUCACCCGUUCAGCUUCGGUCGCCAUGGGAGGAUGGAGUCGUCGUCGUCGGCGGCGGCGGCGGCGUUGUUGCUGCUGUCUUCUUCAUAGCCGGCGGCGAGCUGAUGACUGAAGAAACGCAAGUAGUAUCUGAAGAAACCGAAAGAUGUUUCUUCUCUUUUUUCCAUUUUUCUUCUUUUUUUGAGAGAGAGAAGCUAAGGCACUGUUUAGUUUCCAAACCAAAACUUUUCAUCCUGUCACAUCGAAUAUUUGACACAUGCAUGAAGUAUUAAAUAUAGAUAAAAAAACUAAUUACACA